AUGCCGGAGAUCAUUGACCAGCAUGACCACGGCAGUUUCAGUCCCAUGAUGAGGCAAGAAUCUCGAUUGGAAGGGAUUCAAAUGGUCCGCAACCUACAGUUGUCAAAGCAGUAUGGCCCUGUCUUCAGCAUCCAAAUGGGACCCCAGAAAAUUGUGGUGUUGACAGGAUAUGAGACAGUAAAGGAGGCUCUGGUUAAUCAGGCGGACGCAUUUGCAGACAGGCCCAUCAUACCAAUAUUUCAAGAGUUUGCACAAGGCUUUGGUGUAACUCUGUCUAAUGGUGGGAACUGGAAAGUGAUGCGACGGUUUGCUAUAAGCACAUUGCGGGACUACGGAAUGGGAAAGAAGACCAUAGAGGAAAAAAUUGUUGAGGAAUGUGGUGUCCUGAUAAAGAAAUUUGAAUCUUACGAAGGAAACCCAUUUGAGACAACCACAAUUAUGAAUGCAGCUGUUGCCAAUAUUAUAGUGGCCAUACUACUAGACAAGCGAUUUGAUUAUGAAGAUCCCACAUACAUAAGACUUCUGAAGUUGGUCAAUGAAAAUGUCCAGCUUCGAAGCUCUUCAGUCACGCUGUAUAACAUGUUUCCUGCUCUUGGCUUUCUUCUGGGGGCUCAUAAGACUGUCAUUCAAAACAGAGAUGAGCUGUUUGCCUUCAUAAAUGCCACCUUCAUAAAACACCUCAGAGAUCUGGAUGAAAAUGACCAGAGGAGCUUCAUUGACUCAUUUCUUAUCCAACAGCAAGAGGAGGGGAAGAAGAACAAGACGAAUGCAUAUUUCCACAACGAAAACUUAAAAAGUGUUGUGGCCGACUUAUUUGGUGCUGGCAUGGAGACAACUUCUACCACAUUGCGCUGGGGGAUGUUACUAAUGAUGAAAUAUCCUGAAAUUCAGAUAAAGGUCCAAGAAGAAAUUGCAAAGGUUGUGGGAUCUUCUCAGCCAAGGAUUGAACACCGCACAAAAAUGCCUUAUACAGAUGCCGUGGUCCAUGAGAUCCAGAGAUUUGCUGAUAUCGUCCCAACCAACCUGCCACAUGCCACAUCUACUGAUGUUACCCUCAAUGGGUACUUCAUUCCAAAGUUCUUUGGAUUUACUCUGCAUGUCACGGGAGGAGCGUGCCCGGUGCUUCUUCAAAAGCAACGGGUCGUUAAAACGUCGGAGACUCUGCACGGAGGUGAACGGACAUGUUCCUGA